ACAACAUGCAACGCAUUUGGCAUUAUGCAACAGCUCUGGGGCUGCUGCUAAGCUACGCCCACGCUGCAAGUCUUCAACUGCCAUUGGAGCCCGUUGACAAUGGACUAAAUGCGACGCAAAGUGAGCUGCGUCCAUUAACUUGGCUGCGCAGCGCACAGGAUAUGUUCUCAAGUCCUGCGGGUCAUGUCGUCGUGCAGGUGGCCAAGGAGCUGUUGCAUCGCUCCGCCGGCAAUAGCCAAGUGCUAAGCUUGAACCUGACCAACUUGCUGAUCAUAGUGCUGCUCAAGGUGCUCAUCUUCUCGGCGGGUUUGCUGGGCGCAGGUCACUGGAGUGGUUAUGGCUACGGCUAUGGACGCAGUGCUGGACGCAGUGACAACCAGCUGGGUUGGGGCUUCAAUGCGGGCGAUGAUUAUUUGAUAAUGGGCUUUCUAGCUGCGCAAGGUGCGGGUCAGGACGAUUGUCUGUAUGCUGCUGCCUGCGCCUGUCCCAAUGCAGCUUAUGAAUAUGCCAAGGCAGCACGUGCACUGCUGGGCGCCAUUGAGAUCUUUGAUGGUGUACCGCUGGACAAGCCGCGCUAUAAUGACUUGAUUGUGCUCAUGGAACGCGCCGCCUAUGAUGGCUUCAGAGGCACCAGUUGCAAUACCACCAAAACCUGCGAUGGUCUCUUGUAG